AUGUUAAAGAAAAACUACACACCUGUUACUGAGUUUAUUCUCCUGGGACUGACAGAUGACGCUGAGUUGCAACCUGUUCUUUUUGCAGUAUUCCUACUCAUCCAUCUUACCACAGUAACUGGCAAUAUGACCAUGAUUUUGUUAAUCAGAAGUGACACAAAACUUGACACUCCAAUGUAUUUCUUCCUCAGUCACCUCUCCUUUGUAGAUGUCUGUUAUUCCACCACUGUCACUCCUCAGAUGCUAGUAAAUUUCUUAUCCAAGAGAAAAACCAUUUUCUUCAUUGGUUGUUUUAUACAAUUCCACUUUUUCAUUGCUCUGGUGACCACUGACUAUUAUAUGCUUACAGUAAUGGCUUAUGACCACUAUGUGGCCAUCUAUAAACCCUUGUUAUAUGGGAGUAAAAUGUCCAGACGUACCUGCUUCUCUCUGGUUGCUGCCCCCUAUAUUUAUGGCUUCCAGACCAUCCUGAUGCUUUGUCUGUCCUUCUGUGGACCCAAUGAAACCAACCACUUUUACUGUGCAGACCCACCUCUCCUAGUCCUCACCUGCUCAGAUACCUAUGUUAAAGAAACUGCCAUGUUUGUGGUGGCUGGUUUCAGCCACACCUGUUCUAUCACCAUAAUCCUCAUCUCUUAUAUUUUUAUCUUUGUAGCCAUCCUAGGCAUCCACUCAACUGAGGGGAGGAGCAAAGCCUUCUCCAUGUGUGCAUCCCAUCUGGUGUCUGUCACCGUUUUUUAUAGAACUCUUUUGUGCAUGUAUUUGAAGCCCACUUCUGAGAUAUCUUUAGAACAGGGGAAAAUUGUAGCUGUGUUUUAUAUCUUUGUGAGUCCUUUGUUAAAUCCUUUUAUCUAUAGCCUGAGGAACAAAGAUGUUAAAAGAACAAUAAGGGAAGUUAUUCAAAAGAAAUUGUAUGCUAAGUAA